CUAGUCGAGACAUAUUUUUGGAAGCUCAUACGCGCAAUCCCAAUAGCAAAGAAUCAUCUCUUAUAUCUUAACAGAAGAGUUACUGAUCCUAUGCUAAGUUUUGCUGCCAUAUGUCUGCGCGUGAAUCCAACAUGAUAUUCACACAUAGUGACUACACCGUGGCAUGGAUCUGCGCUUUGCCGCUGGAAAUGGCGGCUGCGAAGGCCCUGCUGGAUGAAGUCCAUCGGCCACUGCACCAGCCGAAAUCCGACCAUAAUGUCUACACGCUUGGCACUGUUGGCGGUCACGAUUUGGUCGUAGCCUGCCUACCAUCAGGUGUAUACGGGACGGUAUCUGCUUCCACCGUGGUGUCACACAUGGUUUCUACCUUCCCAAAUAUCCAGUUUGGAUUGAUGGUUGGUAUUGGGGGAGGUGUUCCCAGCAAAAGUGCUGAUAUUCGCCUGGGCGAUGUUGUUGUCAGCAAGCCAACUGCUGCCUUCGCUGGUGUUGUCCAAUAUGACUACGGCAAAACAUUGUGCGAUGGACAAUUCCAGCGCACUGGGACUCUCAAUAAACCCCCUCUGAUCUUGUUAAAGGCUAUGGCACAAAUAGAGAGUGACCACUUAAGUGGAAGGAAUGCACUGAGCGAAAUCAUAGAGGAUGCACUGAAAAGAGAAGAACUUAGAGGAAGGUUUUCACGACCAGAAUGUGACUGGCUAUUCAGAGGGACAUAUAUCCACGAAGGUCUUGAAUCCAACUGUUCCGGAUGUGAUCUGGCUCAGGUAGUAGACCGGCCUCUGCGAAGUACUGAUAAGCCUUACAUUCAUUAUGGCUUGAUCGCUUCCGGCGAUCAGGUCAUGAAAGAUGCGAGAACUCGGGACGCCGUGGGUCAAGAACUAGAUGUUCUCUGCUUUGAAAUGGAGGCAGCUGGCCUCAUGGAUGAACUCCCGUCACUGGUCAUUCGAGGUAUUAGUGACUAUUGUGACUCCCAUAAAAACAAACAGUGGCAAGGAUAUGCCGCACUGGCUGCUGCCGCCUAUGCAAAGGCUCUCCUGUCAGUAGUCCCUGCGAACCAGGACAGCAAGGAGCUACACAAGCCAAAGAAACCAGUUUGGAUGGUCCCCUUCAGAAGGAACUCACGGUUCGUGGGCCGGGAAGAGGAAAUUGCCAGAAUUGAGGGUUUGAUCAUGAAACAGGAUGGACCCAGCAAAGUCGCUAUUUGCGGACUAGGUGGGGUUGGGAAGACCCAGAUCGCACUCGAACUGGCGUACCGGAUGCGAAAUCGAGACACUGGAUGCUCAGUCUUCUGGAUCUCAUGUACCAGCUAUGAGGCUGUGGAACAGGCCUACAUGAACAUUGCAUCAAAGCUAGGAAUGACUGACGCAAAGCCGGCAGAGGUGAAGGAACAAGUCAAGACUUACCUUAGCCAGGAAAGCGCAGCAAAAUGGCUUCUUCUUUUUGAUAACGCAGAUGAUAUGGAGAUGUGGAACAAGGGCAAUGCUAAUAGCCCAGCAAUGGCAGACUUUCUGCCUGAGAGUGAACGAGGCCACAUUGUCUUCACCACACGAAGCCGGCAGGUAGCUGUGAAACUAGCGUCUCCUAAUGUGGUAAUGAUCUCUGAACCAGACAUGGAGACUGCUAUCGACAUUCUACGAGGAUCGCUGAUCAAUAAAAAUUUGCUGAAGGAUCGUGAUGCGGCCCUUGAUCUCCUUAAGGAGCUCGCCUGCCUUCCACUGGCAAUCACACAGGCGGCUGCGUAUAUCAAUGAAAAAGAUACUAGACUUUCUGAAUACACCGGACUUUUACAAGAGCCAGAGCCGGAUGUGAUUGAGUUGCUAAGCGAAGAUUUUGGGGACGACGGGCGGUAUGAAGAUAUCCAGAAUCCAGUGGCAACGACAUGGUUAAUAUCCUUCCAACAAAUUCAGCAAUUAAACCAACUAGCAGCAGACUAUCUAUCAUUCAUGGCCUCUAUCAAUCCUCAUAAUAUCCCGCAGUCCUUGCUUCCUCCUGCAAUCUCAAGCAAGAGGAGAAUUGAUGCCAUUGGCCUACUCAAAGCCUUCUCCUUUGUCAGUGAGGGUGAUGGGGAUCAUUCUCUGAAUCUUCACAGACUCGUCUACCUUGCCACUCGAAACUGGAUGAAAACCAAUAACAAGUUUCCCCUGCAAAUAUUGAAAACAGCAGACCGAUUAAGAGAAGCUUUCCCAGAUAAUGAUCCUACCAAUCGGAAGCUAUGGCGGGAAUAUCUACCACACGCACUCUCACUAAUAGGAGAAGGGCGCUUCCAACUGGAGCAGGAGAAUUACACCGAUUUGAUUCAGAAGAUUGGGUGCUGUCUGUAUAGUGAUGGAAGGUACAAUGAAGUAGAAGACUUGUUUAUGCAGGUGUUGAAGAUCCGAACUCGGCUGCUGGGGCCUGAGCAUCCGGACACUCUAUACAGUAUGCACAAUCUGGCGUCAACAUACUGGAAUCAGGGACGGUGGAAGAAGGUAGAAGAGCUAGUACUGCAGCUAAUAGAGAGCCAGAAGCAGGUGCUGGGGCCUGAGCAUCCUAACACUUUGGCCAGUAUGCACACUCUGGCGUCAACAUACCAGACACAAGGGCGAUGGAAGGAGGUAGAGGAGCUAGAGAUGCGGGUAAUAGAGAGCCAGAAGCAGGUGCUAGGGCCAGAGCACCCUGAUACUCUGACCAGCACAGCCAACCUGGCGUCAGCAUAUUGGAAUCAGGGACGAUGGGAGCAGGCUGAAGAGGUGGAUGUGCAGGUGAUGAAUACUAGGAAGCAGGUGCUUGGCCCAGAGCAUCCUGAUACCCUAACCAGCAUGAAUAACCUGGCAUCAGUAUACCAGAAUCAAGGGCGAUGGAAGGAGGCAGAGGCGCUAAUCAUGCAUGUGAUGAAUAUUAGGCAGCAGGUGCUGGGACCAGAACAUCCCGACACCCUGACCAGCAUGUCCACCCUGGCAUCAACCUACUCGAACCAGGGACGAUGGACGGAAGCGGAAGAGCUAGGGGUACGUGUAAUGGAGACUAGAAAGCAGGUGCUAGGACCAGAACAUCCUUCCAGUCUGACCAGCAUGACCAACCUAGCGUCAACAUACUCAAGCCAGGGAAGAUGGAAAGAAGCAGAAGAGCUAGAGGUGCAGGUGAUGGAGACUGAGAAACACAUGCUGGGCCCAGAACAUCCCUCCACUCUGGUCAGCAUGGGCAACUUAGCGUCAACAUACUGGAAUCAAGGCCGAUGGAAGGAGGCGGAAAAGUUAGAGGUGUGUGUAAUGGAGGCCAGAAAUCGGUUAAUGGGACCAGAGCAUCCUGAUACUCUAACCAGUGUGGCUAACCUUGCCUCAAUAUACUGGAAUCAGGGACGAUGGAAGGAAGCGGAAGAGCUAGAGGUGCGCGUAAUGGACGCCCGAAAUCGAUUAAUGGGGCCAAAGCAUCCUGAUACUCUGAACAGUAUGGCCAACUUGGCUUUCACAUAUUCAAACCUGGGAAGAUGGAAAGAAGCAGAAGAGCUAGAAGUGCAGGUGAUGGAGACUAGCAAGCAGGUGCUGGGGCCAGAGCAUCCGGACACUCUAUCCAGCAUGAAUAACCUGGCGUCAACAUACUCAAAACAGGGACGAUGGAAAGAAGCAGAAGAACUAGAAGUGCAGGUAAUGGAGACUAGGAAGCAGGUGCUGGGGCUAGAGCAUCCGGACACUCUGACCAGUAUGCACAACCUGGCCUAUACCUGGAAGGCCCAGGGAAAGAUUCAAGUUGCGUUGGCUUUAAUGGAAGAGUGUGUUACGCUCCGUAACAAAGUAUUGGGACCUGACCAUCCGAAUACCCUACUAUCCUCUGAGAUCCUCAGGGCAUGGAAAGAAGUGGACAUGAAAUAAAAAUUGGGCACGUUCUGAUAAUUAUAUCAGGGUAUUCAUCACUUGACAGA